UCAUUUUGAGUUGCAGACGUUCAAAGAUGGGCCGCUCAAGAUCACGCUCACCACGUCGCGAACGUCGCGACCGCAGCGAGGAGCGGAAGAAGAAGGACAAGAAGCGACGGCGUCGCGAUGGAUCAAGCGAUACAUCAGAAUCACAUAAGCUAGGAAGUAUCCUUCGUGAACGUUCACGUCGAAGCAGAAGUGGUAGUAAAGAUAGGGAUUCCCACAGAGAUAGAGAUCGAGAUAGGGACCGCGAUAGGCGGAAGGUCCCGGUCCCGUCAGAAAUUGAACGAGAGCUGUCCGGCACUUUCGAUAUCUCUAGCAUAUCAACGGAGGCACGAGAAUGGCUAGAAGAAAGAAUCGCUGAACAGGUGCUUGAGCGGGUAAAGAAAUUAGAAGAAGCAAUGACCGAAAGUCAAAAGAAGACGAGAGCUGAAGUGGAGGCUCGCCUCAGAGCACAGAUCCUCGGCGAAAUGGAAGAAGAGAUGUCUUCCAUACGAAAGCGAGAAGAAGCAUCGAAAGCAAAAUGUGCCGCCCUCGAGAAAGAACUGGAAGAGAAAGUUCGAAAAGCUGAUGAGAGCGAAAAAAGGUUCAACGAGGAGCGGCUUGCGAUGCUGGCAGAACGAAGUGCUCUCGAACGUGAACGGCAGGAGGUGCAGAAGGAAAAACAAGAACUGCUAAAGAAUGAACAACUUGCCAUUAUCAAUAAAGGUGGAGCUGUUAGACCGCCUAUUAAGUUCUCAUUUGGUAAAUCGUAAUAUUGAUGUUUUAUAUCAGAUUAAAUUAUCAUUAGAUUCACGUUGUUAUUGUUGUUGAAUGAUAAUGAUGAAUCUUGUAUGUACAGUCAUUGUCGCUUGUGUAGUGGUUAAAGUUUUCUUCCAUC